AUGUCAACCAUAGAAAAAGUUAACGGGGCAAUAACGGAUGAUGUACCAAGGAAUGACGCCGGCGAAGAAGAUUUUUCCUCAAUGACAUGUAGUUCGCGCCAGACAGAAGAGAUUGCCGCACAGCAAAAGCGCCGUCAAGAGCGGCAAAGUCGGGUUCCUUCCGAAGGAUAUCCGGGCCUAGCUUUCGGCAGCGGAUUCUCUUCGAAUACAAUGAUGAGAUUAAGGAUCAUCGCUAAUGAACUUCAUAAUAUAUCAUCAGUUCAACUAAAACGAGCCGAAGGUGAGAUGAAUGCUCUGGGGAAGCGCAUCGAAUGGGUAGACAGCGAGCUAAAACAGGAAGAACAAGCUCUUAAAGAAGCCAACGAAGAGAUCUCGGAAAUAUCCAAAGAGUUGAAUCCACUAACCGAAGACGGACAAACUGGGCCUAACGGAGAGAGUCCAGCUUCUCAACCCGGAGAUGAGCGGCUUGAGCAGAUAGAGGGACUAAAAUCGCGGUUGGAGCUCAUCAAAGCAAUGUAUGGCUUGUCAUCGUGA